AUGACAAUUUCUUCUUGGACCAAUUCGAAGUCCGCUCUGGAUUACUACGCAGAUCCAGAAGUCAACCUGGCCUCGUUCAUUCCCAACGAAGAAUGGGAGGUGAAAUCAUUCAAAAUCUUCAGACACGAAGUUUGAAUAGCUUCUCUGCAAGUUCGAAUUUCCUCCUAUUCAGUACAAGUACGCCUGCUGCGCGGAACCGUGGGUGAUUCUGCAAGCCUCUUUGGUGAUACAGCGCAAGCCUCUGUACUACCUUGUCAACCUCAUAAUCCCCACUUCCAUCAUCACGAUCGUCUCGAUCACGGGUUUCUUCACUCCAGCUUCUACUGACGACGACAGAACGGAGAAAAUCAACCUCGGCAUCACUACUCUUCUGGCCAUGUCUAUCUUGAUGCUCAUGGUUUCCGAUCAGAUGCCCACCACCAGCGAGUUCGUCCCGCUCAUCGGUUUGUCUCUUUUUGCUUUCUUUUUAAGUGUUCCUUACAGCUUGGUUCUACUUGUCAAUCAUCAUUAUUGUGUCCAUAGGAACGUUCUUGACAAGCGUCGUUCUUUCUGUACAAGGUAAAAUACAGAAAAAUACACAUUUUCAUAUACUCAAAACUUCGAUGAGUACAAACGGAUUAUUUUUACAGGACGGCGGCAGUAUGGCAAGAAUCCGCCAAAACUGAUUCGCUACAUGUUUUUCGUUGUUCUCCCUCAUGUUUUGUUCAUCAAUAUUCCGCCACCACUACAAACCUUGUGGGGAGAAUUGGAGGUUUCGGUUCUUUCCGCUCAAGUCGCUCACUAACGACUUCAGGACGAUCCUCUCAACGUCUGGAAGCGAAAGAAGAAGUCUAGUGGCCGAGCUUUCAACGAUUCCGCGAAGCCUUCGUCUCCAACGUGAGCGGUCCCACCUGAACGGAAAACAGCUAACUUGAAUGCAGGUCAACACUUCGUGUGCCUCUAUCGGCGAAGCCCAGCGAGAAGCGUCAGUCCUUCCAGAUGAUCGACGUCACCGGUCCGAACUCGCCGCUGACGCCGCGACACUCACGGACGCCUUCUGUAGCGACGAAUCGUCCUCCUGGCCUCUGGGACGGCACCAUGUCGGCUUUGGCAGGUCUGCAGUCUCUCAGAGACUUUGCUAACUUUUCGAUUAGGCACCAACUCUCAGCUUCGCCGCACUUCUAAUGUCUUCAACAAAGAGGUCGAUGAAAUGAGAAGAAAACGGCAAUGUUCGCUGGAAUGGGAGUUUCUGGCCACCGUUCUCGACAGGUUUGUUCGGCUACACAAUGAUUCUGACUUUAUUCUAACUAUCUCCAGGUUUCUGCUCAUAGUUUUCGUGACCGCAGUCGUUCUCGUCACUCUGGGGCUGAUCCUCGUGGGCCGCAUGGCGCAGUACAGCUACGAUCAUCCUGAGAACCAGUUCUUCAGCGUCUGA